AUGACUCCCAUCAAAAUUUUAUUGGAGGAAGAUUGUGCCUGCUAUGGACUUCGUGGGACGAUGGGAGCACGCAAGAUUGCGAGAGUCGAUUCGAUGCGAAAGUGGCAGCAGGAUUGGGACAGUAGUUCGAAAGGAAGGUGGACCUAUCGGCUCAUUUCAAACCUGCAGUCGUGGGAGCACAGAAAACAAGGAGAAGUCAACUUCUUCCUGACACAGUUCCUGUCAGGCCAUGAAUGCUUCAGGAAGUAUUUGCAUAGAGUCGCAGAGUCUCCACUUUGUCCGGCCUGUCCGAACUGUGAAGAAACACCGGGGCACGUGAUAUUCAGGGCAGAACGGAGUUGGAUCUCAACGGUCAGCACUUGUAGCAUAAAUCCCGACAACAUCGUUCAGGAAAUGUGCGAAGAUGAGAUACGUGGAACGUGUUGA